UUUGUCGUCAAUUUUCCGGCACAACAGACGCAACAUUUGCCAAAAGAGCAACGCGCGAGUUGCGUAGAGCGGAAACACUUGACAAUUAUGUAAAGCUCCUCUCGCCCGAAAACAAGUUUGCAAACAACAAAAAAUGAAUAAACUCGUGGUACCGUAAAACUAUAAAAAAAAAAAAAAAAAACUGACGAACAAGUGGAAAAAACUCAAAGAAAAUAACAAACAAAAACUCUCCAAAAGUGCUAGCAAUUAAAAAUAAUUUCACAGUUUGCUAACGAACAACAGCAGAGAAAUACACAACAUAAUAAAACCGAAAACGCAUCUUGAAUGUCGCGCAAAAUGUUGCAAGUGCCGGUGGCAACGCUCGUGUUGCUGUCGCUGUUGCAGAUUGCCGAUGUUGCUGCUGUCGCAGAUGCAGCAGCAGCUGCAGCAACUGCCGCAACAAUAUCCACAACGACAACGACAACCGGAAUCGAUGCCAGCCUGAAGAAUGCCAAGCUGAUUGAGGGCAAAGUGCUGCCCGACUUGGCCAUCCUGCAACGCGUCAACCAGGAAGACGAAAAGUGGCAGCAGGUCUACCGGUUCAUCGACGAUGGCUUUCCCGUCCUCGAGUUGUACGGCUACAAGCCAAAGUCGGACCUGCCGUACACAUUGAUUGUGCCCAAAAUCGAUGUGCGGAGCAUUGAGAAGCCGCGGCUAAAGGAGUUCAUGUUGGAGCAUGUGGUGCCCGGGAAAAUCUUCGACAGCUACAGCGCCGUGGCCAACGGCAAUGGGAACAGUAACAGCAAGGAGGAGGAGGAGUCCUUCGGCAAUGGGAACGGACACAAAAUCGUUUUCCGUAAAUUGGAAAAAUCCCACAACAAUGUUUGGCUACUCAAUGGCCAGCAAAUACUCCACAAGCUGCGUAUCAAUGAGAACCUGAUGGCCAUUGCAAUUGAUGGUUAUUUGGGCGAUAGGAAGUCGCCCUACUCCAAGCGCAAUAUCCAGGAAACGAACAACCGCUACAACGACCCCCAACCGCUGGAACAGCCGAACAUUACGAAUGCACAUGCUAAGGUGGAGCCCGUCAUAAAGGAGUCGAAGGCCAGUCCGCUGAUGUCGUUUUUGGCCAACAUGAAGACGGGCACCAAGGUCUUCCAGCACUUCCUCUCCAAGAGCAACCUGACCCGCAUUAUGGACGACAACGCGUACACGGUGCUGAUUCCCUCGGACAACGCCUUCCAGCGCUGGCAUCCCAUCGACUGGGGAUUCUACCCGUUCUCCGUGCCAGAAUUCACCGAGUCGGUGCUGAGGAACCACUUUCUGCCCAUGCAGCGACCCCUGCGGCUGGCCGAUGUCCGGAAUAUGGACGAGGUCGUCGUGCCCACCAUGGGUGGCGAGGAUGUCGUCUUCCACGGCCAACCCACACCCACGGUGAAUAAUGUGAGCAUUAUGUCCGACUACAACCUCUCCAAUGGCAAUCAGGUCUUCAUCAUCUCCGAGGUGCUCUUCGUCACCGAGGCUGUGGUCUCCAAACUGCAUCAGAUGCACAAGGAUAAGGAGACACCUCCAUUGCUAGCCUUCCCUUGGUUUGGAGCACAGUUCCUGUCCCACUCGUUUUUGGCUUUGGAGAGAGAUCCCCGAUUUACCCAGAUUACCAGAUACCUAAACAGUGCUGAGAUUGCUCCCCACAUUUCCGGAGCCAAUUACACGUUCUUUGUGCCAGAAGAUCGGGCCUUUGAGAAAUUAGGAUUCGACAAACUAUCUGAUGAAGUUAUGGCUUCACAGCGGGGUGUGAAAAUGUUGCUGAACCACUUCGUCAAAGGGCGACUCUACAACCGCGAUUUGCGCGACAAUGAAGUGUUCGAGACGAUCGGCGGUGGGCAUAUAAAGAUCACCCGCAACCCGGGCAGCAACUACACCAGCGUGAACAACGCCCAGAUUACGGAGAGCGAGGUGUUCGUGUACAACCUGGGCACCAUGUACUACCUGGACGACAUCCUGUACGCGCACAUGCUGCGCGACUUCGUGACCAAGUCGACCAAGACGAGAUCCAAUCGGCACGGCAGCGACUCCGGCGGAGGAUCCCGGAGCACCUCGCGGCCCAGCGACGUGGAGAUCGUGCCCAACGAGUUCGAGGGGGAGCACAACGGCGGCGACUAUGCCAUCCACGGCGAUGACGAGGACUUCGAGGAUGAGAUUAUCACGCCCAAGGCGCUGCCCGUCCAGAUCUACGAGCUGCCCAAGUAGAGAGCGGGCGAUCUGAUGUCGGAAAUUAUAUCGAGGAUAUAGAUGCGAAAGUAACAUAGGCGGCACUUUUUGGCCAUUGUUUUGGGAAUUUUCAUGGAGUUCGAUUCAAUUUCUUUUAACCAAACCGCUUGAAAUGUUAAUUUUAUGUCGCUUAUCUUAUUUUAGCAGUUAACUAACGAUACGUGUGUAAUUUUUUUUUAAAUCGAUCUGAGCUUGUGGCAAGAAUGAGAAUGAGAAAGGGUGGUGAGACGCUUAAAGCGUUUUUGUAUAGUUCUGGGCUAAUUUUUUAAAGCAUUUCUCUAGUUUAGUUCUUAGUUCUUCGUGUAUAUUUUAAGUUUAGCAUUGAACGAGGCGGUGAAACGAAGUAUACUACAAAAUCAACAACAUCAAGAGCAGGAGCAGCAGCAGCAGCGACAGCGACAGCAAUUAAUAUAUAAAACCUAAUCCUAAAGAACUUAUCAGCGAUUUAGACAAAAGCUUGUAGAGAUAGCGAGAAAUUGCAGUCAAACCAAUUACUACAAAUAUUCAAAGAGUAACGAGAGUAAUAUUCGAAUUAGAAGCGAAAUUUCAAGAAACAAAAAAAAAACUAUAAACACAUAUACGUAUACUAUGCAAAUUCAAUUAGCGCUCAUCAGUGUUUAUGCUUUUUUGAGUCUAUCCAUGUGAGGGAGCAUAGCGCAAACAUAUCGGCGAAAUCGAAGGAUUCGAGGAUUCGAAAUUCACUCGGAAAUAAUUCCCUGGAGGGCAUUGGCAGCGGACGGGAGCGAGGCAAGAUAUAUCUAUAAAUACGAGUAUAUUACGAACAAAUAUUGUAUUUUUUAAUUUAACGGUAUUGAUAUUUAAUGUAUCUGUGUAUAUGAACAACAACAACAACAAAAAGCAAUGAGAACGAAGCAUCCAAUUUUAUAAGUUUGUUAAAAUAAAAAGAAAAUUCUACCAGAAAAACCAACAACAACA